AUGAACUCUACCCUUACCAGUGAGUUUUAUGUAGCAGCACCAGCAGAACAUCUAUGGGAUGUUAUCGGCUCCAAGGAUUCCUACAAAACCAUUCAAAUGUUAGUUCCUGGUAUGUUCGAGAAACUUGAAAUUCUUGAAGGCGACGGCGGCACCGGUACUGUUCUUGCCGUUGUAUUUUCUCCUGGUACGCAUUUUUAUGUAAACUCCGAAGAAAAAGUGACAAUCGAUAAUCAAAGGCGUGUUUGGGAGAUAUUGCAAAUCAAAGGAGGAUAUCUAGACAUGGGUGUAACAUCUUUUAUGGAGAGUUUUGAAAUCAUUCCAAAAGGUCGCAACUCUGUUUUCAAAACCAUGAUCAGAUACGAGGUCCCUGACGAACUUGCUCAUAAAGUGUCUUCUCUCAUUACUAUUGAAGGUAUGCUUACCAUGGCUAAAGCUACAGCAAAAUAUGUGGUCGAUAGUAGCAAAAAAUCGCCAAACUAUUCAUCUAUCGACAAUGCCGAUAAAUAUGAACUAUAA